CUCUUACGUCUCUCUCUCUCUCUCAACUUCUUCAAAAGCAAAUUGUCUUCGAUUCUCUGAGCUCUCUUGCAUCCUUCAAGUGGCUUCGUUUCUAAAAAAUUGAUUGGUUGAGAAAGAGGAAACAUGGUUGAAUCGGACAAGACAUCCGUUGAAGAGCUGAAGAAGAGGGUAAGGAAAAGGAGCCGUGGGAAGAAGAAUGAGCAGCAAAAGGCAGAAGAAGAAACCCACAGUGUUGAGGAAAACGCAGACGAAAAGCAGAAGAAGAGUGAAAAGAAGGUUAAGAAAGUGAAGUUGCAAGGGAGAGGCAAAAUCGAGGAAGACGAAGAGGUGGAAGCAAUGGAAAAUGGUGAAGAAGAGAAGAAUCCCGUGAUUGUCGGGAAAGGGAUAAUGACUGAUGAGACUUUUGACUCCCUGGACUUAUCUGAGCAAACUUCUAUAGCUAUCAAGGAGAUGGGCUUUCAGUACAUGACGCAAAUUCAAGCUGGAUCAAUUCGGCCCCUUUUGGAGGGGAAGGAUGUUCUUGGUGCUGCCAGGACUGGUUCUGGUAAAACUCUUGCUUUUCUCAUACCGGCUGUAGAGUUGCUGCUUAAACAUCAUUUUUCUCCUCGCAACGGGACUGGUGUAAUUGUUAUUUGCCCCACAAGGGAACUUGCUAUCCAGACAAAAAAUGUGGCAGAGGAGUUACUCAAGCAUCAUUCACAGACAGUCGGCAUGGUUAUUGGUGGCAAUAACAGAAGGUCGGAAGCACAACGCAUUGCGAAUGGUUCAAACUUGUUGAUAGCAACUCCUGGGCGUCUUCUUGACCAUCUUCACAAUACAAAGGCUUUCAUUUAUAAACACUUGAAGUGCCUUGUGAUUGAUGAAGCUGAUAGGAUACUGGAAGAUAAUUUUGAGGAAGACAUGAAUAAGAUUCUAAAGAUUUUACCAAAGACUAGGCAAACUGCGUUAUUCUCCGCUACCCAGACCUCUAAGGUUAAAGAUCUUGCUCGGGUGUCACUGACAUCACCUGUUCAUGUUGAUGUUGAUGAUGGCAGACGCAAGGUGACAAAUGAAGGAUUGGAGCAAGGCUAUUGUGUUGUUCCGAGCAAAAAUAGACUUAUCCUUCUAAUUACCUUUUUAAAAAAGAACCCAAAUAAAAAGAUUAUGGUCUUUUUCUCGACUUGCAAGUCGGUACAAUUCCAUGCUGAAAUCAUGAAAAUAAGCAAUGUGGAUUUCUGUGAUAUCCAUGGAGGCCUGGAUCAGAACAGAAGAACUAAAACUUUUUUUGACUUCAUGAAAGCAAAGAAAGGUAUCUUGUUAUGUACUGAUGUUGCUGCUCGUGGUCUCGAUAUUCCUUCCGUGGACUGGAUUAUUCAGUAUGAUCCACCAGACAAGCCAACGGAAUAUAUCCAUAGGGUUGGUCGGACAGCCCGUGGAGAGGGAGCAAAGGGAAAGGCAUUGCUUGUCUUGAUUCCUGAAGAGCUCCAGUUUAUCCGCUACCUGAAGGCUGCGAAAGUACCUGUUAAAGAGCUUGAGUUCAAUGAGAAGAAGCUUAUGAAUGUUAAAUCUGAGCUGGAGAAAUGUGUUGCCGAAGACUACAAUCUGAACAAGUUAGCCAAGGAUGCAUACCGGGCUUAUAUCUCAGCAUACAAUUCACACUCUUUGAAAGACAUCUUUAAUGUUCACCGACUCGAUCUCCAGGAGGUUGCGGCAUCGUUCUGCUUCUCUGCGCCGCCUAAAGUGAAUCUGAACAUAGAAAGUCGAGCUGGGAAGGUGAGGAAGGCGAAGCAACAAGGUCGCAAUGGCUUCAGUCCUUACAAUCCCUAUGGCAAGUCCUCCACACCUAAAAAGGCAUAGUGUGUAUCGAUCGGCUUAUAAAAUUACUGUUUUGUUCCUUAGUUGGAUACUUGUUUUUGAUUAGUUACCACCAAGUUUUGUUUAAAGAGUAAACAGUGCACUUAAUU